UCUCCCCAAGUGCAACCCACUGACGACUUGAUGUGCCCACCUCUGUGGGCUAUCAGUGUCAACUUGGGCGAAACUCGAAACAUCGUGAGAUCGGUUAUUACACACCGAAAUCAAGUUCAAAAAGAAGAGACUCUGUCAACCUGCGUUCUCCACUACGCGGGCGAUCUUGGAACUUGGAUUCCUAAUCGAAUGAGAGAACAUUCGUAUCUGGGCGGCAACCAACCUUCUGGAACAUGCUCAUCCUAAACUGGAAUCAUGAGAUCCCUAGCUGAAGCAAAGUCAAGAUGGGCAGAAACGUUCAAGGAUGGCUCUAGGAUUGCGGAUCUGCAGCGGGCCGUCAAGUUCAACGGCCCCAACAGCCCCUGCGCAACCGGUCUGCGGUCCAUCUGCUGGAAGGCUUUCUUGCUCUGGAGAACCGUCCCUGUCGAGCAAUGGCCCGAGCUCGCGCACGCAUCUCGGGAAUCAUACAGUACCCUAUGUGACCUACAUCUGAGGUUCAUCAGACACCCAGAGCAGCUGGCUGCGCUGACAAUCGACCCUCUCGCCGAUGACCCGGAUUCGCCCUGGAACGCCGUACGCCGGGACGAGACCGUCCGCGCUGAGAUCCUGCAAGAUGUGCGGAGGCUACCAGACGAGCCGUUCUACCACGAACCCCAGGUCCAGACCAUGAUCCUCGACAUUCUGUUCCUCUACUGCAAGCUGCACCCUGCUAUUGGCGGGUACCGCCAAGGCAUGCAUGAGCUGCUGGCUCCGAUUGUCUGGUCUCUGGCACAAGAUGCUGUUGACCGUGCGGCCGUUACCACAGAGGAUCCGUCCGAGAUUCUGAUUGCCGAGCUGUUGGACUCGAGCUUUGUCGAGCACGAUGCAUAUGCGCUGUUCUCAAGGCUCAUGGAGAGCGCCAGCGCCUCUUACGAGGUUGAGAGUGAUGGGGCAUCCGAGUCACAGCAAAGGAACACCAUCGUGGAAAGAAGCAAAUACAUCCACGAUGUGGCCCUGAUGAGGGUUGACGAGGAAUUAGCGAAUCACUUGCGGAACAUUGAGGUCCUUCCGCAGAUAUUCCUCAUCCGAUGGAUCCGACUCCUGUUUGGGAGAGAAUUCCCGUUUGACCAACUAUUGACUCUUUGGGAUACAAUAUUUGCUUACGAUCCCAAUCUUGAGUUGAUAGACCUCGUUUGUGUCUCUAUGCUCCUCAGGAUCCGAUGGACUCUGCUCGAAGCAGACUAUUCAGUUGCACUGCAAUUGAUGUUGAAAUACCCAACUCCCCCAGCCCCGCAUGGCCCCCACACGUUCGUCGAUGAUGCCCUGUACCUCAAAGACCAUUUUGAUGCUGCUGGCGGUGUCACCCUGAUCUUCAAGUACACCGGCAAAAGCCCGGCGAACACGGCAUUCGCAACGCCAGCACCAUCACGGACCUCGACGCCAUCCUUCCAGAAACUGAGCAGUUUGCGGCAGCGCACUCUGGGCAGGAGAUCAUCGAUGUCGGCUUCAGCGAGGAUCCUGCAGCAACCUGGUGGUGUCGAGGCAUUGCUACAGGGGGCUGCGAAAAACAUGAUAGAGAGGGGCGAGAAGCUUGGUAUCAGCCAGGUCGUGCGCGAUGCGAUGGGCGAGAUUCGCCGCAACGUGCAGGGCUUUCAGGAGACCCGUGUUGCAACCAGAGGGCCCCGGCCCUUAUUUGGUGAGACCGGGCCGUCUCUGUUAGACCGUUCGCCGACAGUUAUGGUGGCGGAGAAUCGGAAUCGCCGGCUGGCCGCCAUGCUAGACGAAUCGGUGACAAAUCUCAAGCUACUGGCAACUUCGGGGUUUGAGGGAGAGAAGGAGAAACACCUCGAGAUACUGGAGGUUGCUGCUGCUAGGAUACAGCUGGUCAGGGAUUGCUUGGAGGAUCCCUCGGUUGCUCUACCCGACGAGGAGCUGCCCGCCGUUAACACCCUAACCAUAUCGAGCCCCCGCGAGACCAGUUCACCGACGGUGGCUCUCGAUACGACACCGGUGGUCAUGACCUCAUCUGCCGUGGAAGAGACGAGGACGGCGCUGUCAACUCCGGAUUCAGCAAAGGGAGUCAGCCCUCUAGAACUCCCGCCAAAGGCGUCACAGAUUGAACAGAUCAUUGACGAAGCGGACGACAAAAUGGACACAGACCUCCUCGAAGACGACACACUGCCCCCUCUCAAGUCCGAGAUCACAAACUCUCCACCGCCGCCCAUCACGACAGUGCUACCUGAUACUCCACCUCUACCUACUCCAAUGGAGAAGCGACCCAACGGCCCCAUACCGACGCGUUCAACAUUAGCGCAGUCCUCGUUUGCAUGGAUGCUGGAGCCGGACACGACCAGCUCGUCCUUACGGCGCCCUUCGACCUCCUCCUCGUCCUCCACAAUCCUGUCCGGCAGGCCGCCCAGCAGCAGUGGAGGCAGCACUGGUGGCCCCAAGAAGCGGUAUAACCCCAGCAGGGAGAGGAAUGCCUUCCUCUUUGGAGAAGUGACGGCCGACGGCGCCGGCGACGGCUCGUUCUCUGCUGACCAUAUCUUCGGGCUGCAGCCCAUCCGGAAAGGAGGGGGUUGAAAGGAGGCAUAGGAAAGAGCAUAAUAGAUGCAGGAGAUACAAUGGCGGGGUCAGCUAGUGGACUACCGGGACCUGUUGAGCGGUGCAUCGAUCCCUGGCAAAGGCCCGUCGGAUGACGGACUCGCUGGAUCAGAGUAGGAACGGCAGGCACUGUUACGUCCUUCGAGGACGUCUCGAGCCGCGUCCAGGAGGCCUAGCAGGACUUUCUUUCCAUGGACCACACAGCUCGUCGC